AUGGUGUCCGGAUAUGCCCAUCACGGGCUCGGAAAGGACACUCUUGAGCUGUUUGACAAGAUGAACGAGGCCGGAGUGGAGCCUGGUAGCAUUACCUUUGUUGGGGUUCUUUCGUCAUGUAGCCAUAUUUGGUUUGUAAAGGAAGGCUGGCAUCACUUUGAGUCCAUGAAGAAUGACUACGGUUUGGAUGCAACAAUAAACCACAAUGCAUGCAUGGUCGGUCUAAUCGGUCAAGCCGAACGCAUGGAUGAAGCAGAAGCCUUUAUAAACAAGGCGUCAUUCCAAUCAAAAGCUCUCCUGUGGAGGACAAUGCUGGGUGCCUACGGCAAGCAUAUGAAUGUUGAAGCAGGAAACCGGAUCGCUGAAAUACUAGUCAAGUUGGAACGAGAUCAACCUUCCACUUAUGUCCUGUUAUCAAACAUUUAUAGAUCAGCUUCAAUGUGGGAAGAUUCCAUGGAAGUGAGAAGGAAAAUGAGAAAAGGGAAUAUGAACAAAGACCCUGGCCGCUGCAAAUCACAAACUGAUGGUCGCAUGGCUAAGAUGGACUAUUGUGGCACCAUCCUUGGUUUAGCGACAAAAGAGGAGAAAAAGAACAGGCAUGGAAGCAUUGUAAUUGAAACCCUUUCACAUCCUGAAUAG